CGCCCCUCUCUGCAACUGAAUUCCUUCGUCUCCCCUCGCGAGCCGAUUUUGGAAGUUCCUCUUCAAAGAUUAAACUUUGCAGUUGCCACACCAGCUGCAUGUUUUUCAGUCUCUUCCCCCCUCGGGAUCGAUAUGGUUGAAAAUAUAGAUGCCCUGAACCUGAUGCCAAGUUGGCAACCAGUAUAAAGCCAUCCUUUUAUUGCCAUUUUCAUAUUGAAAGUUGGCUACAUGCAAACAAAGGCAUGAGAUGGCUGGCAUUGCCAGCAUUCUAUGUGCAGUCUUGACGUUUGAAAUACUUUUGCAAUCUAAGUACAGCUAUUUCUUAGUCACGCGGUUAAAUUCACUCUCUCCAUCACUCUUGUAAAUUUUGGAGGAACAACCUCCCAACAGAAUGCAUGUCCCAACAUCAGGACCCGGAAGAUCUCAGAAAAGAGCUUGAUCAGACAAGUGCUCAAGUGCUGGAAAAUAUAACUUCUCUGAGAUGUCGUUAUGAAGGGACGAUGAAAGUGGCGCGUGCAACAACCAGGAUCAUGCACAAAAACUAUAUGCGAUUGAUAACGCUGCACUACUUCAUAAUUGCGCUAUUGCUGUUUGUUGUUGCUUUAGAUUUGCUUAAAUUUAUGGCAAUUCCCUAACUUUGCCCAUCAGCAGUUGACUAUUUGCAGGAUGUUAAUUAUGGUUUACUGGUUAGCGUGAUCCUUUCAUUUUGCCA